AUGGCUCCAGUGUUAAAACAUGGUCGAGGCAAGCCUUUGACUUCUCAAACUAAAGAAGUUUUGUACUGUUUGUACAAAUAUUUUGAAAAUGAGUGUAAUAACAACCCGAGCAGUAUUAUGACUCCCACUCAAUUAGUUGCUAAAUCAACGGGAAUUUCAAUAGCAUCCGUCAGAAAGGUAGUAUCAGAAAGCAAAUGUCGACCUUCAGAUCAGGAAGUAACAUUUAAAUCUCCUAAAAAGAAACCGAAUCGUAAACCUACAAUAGUAAUCGAUAACUUUGAUCAGCAAGUUAUCAGAAGAACAAUUCAUGACUUCCACAUCACAAAUAAAGAAAUUCCCACUUUGAAAACUUUGCACGCAAAAUUAAAAGAAGAUAUCGAUUAUAAAGGUUGUGUCAGCACGUUACGAAAACACGUCAUGUCAUUAGGUUUUAAUUGGAAGCAAACAGAAGAUAACCGGAAACUUCUUAUGGAAAAACACGAAAUUAGAUACUUGCGAAUUAAUUAUUUGAUGAAAAUUGCUGAAUAUCGUGAACAACGCCGACCAAUUGUUUACACCGACGAAACAUAUAUACAUACAUCACAUACCCUCUCGAAAUCUUGGUCAGAUGGAAGCACUUCAGGUUUGAAGCAACAUAUAUCGAAAGGCAACCGCUUAAUCAUUGUUCAUGCCGGUGGUAUGGAUGGCUUUAUACCAAAUGCAUUGCUUAUGUUUAAAGCCAACCAAAAAAGUGGAGAUUACCACGACAAUAUGAACUAUGACAACUAUUCAAGGUGGAUUCAAACUCAAUUAAUACCCAACUUACAACCAAAUAGUGUUGUUGUUGUUGACAACGCACCAUAUCAUAACUCAAUACAAAAUCCUGCACCGAAUAGUAAUUCUAGAAAACAGCAAAUGAUUGACUGGCUGACAUUGCGAAACAUUGAGCAUUCAUCCACGUUGCUUAAGCCUCAAUUAUAUGAACUGAUUCUGCAAAACAAGGCGAGAUUUGUAGAGUACAAGAUAGACGAAAUAUUACGACAGCACGGUCAUACUGUGCUGCGUUUACCACCAUACCAUCCGGAGUUUAAUCCUAUAGAAAAUAUAUGGGGGAUAGUGAAAACAUAUGUCGCAAAAAAGAAUGUCGCAAUGAAUAUGAAGGUUAUAAUGUCAUUAGCUGAAGAAAAAAUGAACGCCAUAACUGUAGAGGAAUGGAGAAAAGUUUGUCUGCAUGCUAUUGAGGAGGAAAACAAAUAUCAGGGUAGAGACGCAGCUUUAGACACAAUAUCAGAACGAAUCAUAAUUAAUUUAAAUAAUUCAUCUGAUGAAAGCGAGGAUGGGGAUGAUUGUGAUAUGCCUGGGGUUGAUGAAUUAUUAGAAUAA